UCGACCAAGUGGACAUAGAGGAUCAAGACGUCAAUGCAACAUAUGAGUGCGUAGAGCUCUCCAGUUUAGCCGAUAUCACGCCACUUAAAAUUUACACUUGUGAUAGACGAACCUUCAUUUUCCAUCAGCAUGCUAUACCGCUUAAAUAGGGGCUACUUUCGCAUCUUAAACAAUACAUCUUAUCAACUCAACAAAACAAUCCUAUCGAAUAAUGAAUACAUCGAAGUUAAUUAGGAUUUGCAAUUCAUCACGAAAGAAGACCUUCGUCAAAAUCAUUCCAACAGUGGCUAAUUUGUUUCAGAAAGCACAACAUUUUUUUAAUGAGGAGUAUGCGAGAAUAGUUUUGGAAGAGGACGGAUCCAGCAUUAUGGAGAAUGACGUUGUGGAUGCAUGUGCGGAUGGAGGAUUAGUACUGAUGUUACUAAAGAAAGAUGAGAGUUGGACUCCAUUUGAAUCAUCGAUCGACGCUGCUUCGAAAGCAUCGACGUUUGUGUAUGAUGACAUUCAAUAUCUGUAUGAUAUCGAAUCCAGCUCGCCGACCACAUCUACAUUAAAUUCAAUUCUCCAAUCACCCAACCGAGUAUCUAAAUCGGUACAUAAUUCGCAGUCUGAUGCAAAAAAUGAUUCAAUCACUGCUACCCGAUGACGUUCCAGGAAUGAAUUUGGCCAAUCAGUGUGAAGAUCAAGAACCUUCAUGUACGAUGAAACGAUCAUUCGAGCAAAAAGAUGUUACAAUAGAGUAUGAGUUAGAAUUAGACUAUUCGAACGAACCUGUAGGAUCGCACACUACAUCUUGCAGCGGUUCCAAUCUUGUUGCUUUGAAACGCAAAACAAAAAUAGAUGCUUCUACGGCAGUACUGCUAUCCAAGUUCGAAAUCGAUUGGUCAAGUAUACCACGUGAUAUUGUGACUCAAUUAGAUCGGACUGUGGAUCAUGAUAAAGAAAGUUUUUUGAAUGAAACUGACUACAAUCGAUUGGUUGACCACAUCGUUGGUCAGUUGCGAAAUAUUACGCCGUCAAUCCCUAUUUCCACUUUUCGCCGGGUAGCUGAAACUGUUUCUUCGAUGUACUCAUUCUUCAUUGAUAUGGACGACGAUGGCAUGAUAAUUGGGAACGGAUCUAGUAGCUUAACAGAAAAACUGAAGAAUAGAAAUUCAUAUUUGAACCGAGCGCAUAAAUCUGGUCAAUAUGACAAAAAGCAGAAAUUUGGCGACGAUCCAAUGAGGCAGUGCAGAGUUGGUAUAAAAGCGGAGUAUUCCCUUUCUGGCGAACCUCUCCUACUUGAUAAUCUCUUAAUGAAGCAAUUGUAUGAAAACCAAGACUGGGAUAAAAAACUGCUCGAAACCACAAAAUGUUACCUACGAUACAAAAUUGAUCACUGCCCAUUGAGUCAAUUGAUGGAAAACUUUCCAAUUGUAAUGAAACACAGUUUUAUUGAAUAUCAUUUUUCUGAAGCUACGGGAGUGCGACCAGAUCAAUUUAUUGAAAAUUUUAUUAAAAAGCGUGAAAAAAUAAUCAAGGUAUCUCAAACAUACCGCGACAAAAACGUGCACAUUGCAGAUACAGCUGAGGAUAUGGAUGUAAUGGUGGGAAUAUCCAGGAUGUUGAAAGAAGAUAUCAGCGAAAUAGUUUGUCAGUUGGAGGAAGAAACUUCAAGCGAUCUGAUAAACAAACUUCAUCCAACGAUUGUUAUAGUAGGUUCGACGAGACAAUCAUACUACAUUCAUGCACAGAACAGUAGGGUUAGCGAAAACUUCGAAAGUUUUAUUUUAGCCAUUCAGCAUCUAGUUAUGGUCUAUUUUGUGUAUUAUUUUUCAUAUCCAUCUAACUUAUCUAAAACCUUGGAAUUUUUGCAACUAUAUUUUUAUAAACUUAACCCGUUCAAAGGAUCUCGAUCAAAGGCCACAUUAGUCGGGCAGCAACAACGAUUAGUACGUGCGCUGAUGCUGAAAAUAGCUAAAUUUAAAAGCACCGUAUAGACAUGUUUGUUAUAAACAGACAAUCGAAA